UAACUUAACUCAAGGCCCAAUUACUACCUUUAUAUUUUUGGAGCCUUCACCUGCUUGUUGCUGCCUCCCUAAGUGGAUGAUUUUCUCUGUUAUAGAAAUAGCUGAGUCAUCUAUAAGGUUAUCAAAAGUAUACAUAUCGAAACCUUUUUUUAAAAAAGAGGCACAACCCUAAAAUCUACUGUAAGAUUUUGGACUAUGACUGUUUUUCCCUUUUUGCCAUGGUAAGAGACAUCAAGUAUCGUUUAAUACCUAUAUUGUAUCAUGACUUUAAAAUUCUGGUAUCAUGACAACCCUGAUCUCUAAAUUAACUCAGCAAUCUCCAUCUGCUUGGAAAAGAUGCAGUUAAUAGUUUUGAGGGGGAAACCCGCUAAUUAUAAAACCUUGAGUUUGGCAAAAUGCUUAAAAUGCGAUGGCAUUAUUUUUAAUCUGAAAAUUCGUACCGGAAGUUGUCUUCUCAAUCUUUGCACAUUGACUGUGAUCUUGCGGCUCGCAGCACUCACUGAAGCUUUUUAUUCCCACUCUGUAGAUUUUCCACUAAAGAGCCGCUUGGAUUGGGCUGACUCUCUAAUUUUACCAAGACACUGACGACAUUUUAUUAUAAUUAAACAUUUCAGACAUUCCCAUCUCCUCUCAGUCGGAUCCUUUUUUAAUUCUACAUUAUUCUUUGGUGACUUUCUCUCUCUUUCUAUUCCGGUUGGAUUUACAAAGGGCGUGUUUGGGGCGAUCUGUACCGGGAGUUUCAUCUCCUGUACUUGUGUGACUCUGAGGAAUGACAGCAACUGGAAAUCGAUCCGCCUGAAUGGAAACAAUGGAUUAUAAGGAGCUUGGAAAUCAUUUCGAGGAGAAGCUGACACUAACAGACAAAUCUCUUCCUCUGCAGACGGAGGCUCAGUCUAUCCAGAAUGGGGACAAGACAGGAAAGGACAUCCUGACGUCAGAUGACUCAGCCGUCACAGACCUCUCUCCUAAAACAGACUCCAGUCCCAUAACAGAGACUCCCAGCAAGACAGAUGACUCCUCCAAGACCGACCUGGGCAACAGCAGCAGCCCGCAGCCCAAGAAAGAUUCGAUGAGCUCAGAGCAACGACAGAAACUUGCCAAGGAGCGAAGAGAGGAAAGAGCCAGAUAUAUCGAACAGCAAACUCAGCUGCAAGCGGUGAAGAAGGCCCAGUGGCUGGAGAAGGAGGAGAAGGCCCGACGUCUGAGGGAGAGCCAGCUGGAGGAUCGCAGGAGGAAGCUGGAGGAGCAGAGACUGAAGGCCGAGAAACGCAGAGCUCUGCUGGAGGAGAAACAGAGACAGAAACUAGAAAAGAACAAGGAGAGAUAUGAAGCAGCUAUCAAGAGGUCGACGAAGAAGACGUGGGCCGAGAUCCGCCAGCAGAGGUGGUCCUGGGCGGGCGGACUGAACCAGACCUCCCGCAGAGAAAGCAGAUGCUCGGCCUCCACGGUCAACUUGCCGAGACAGGUGGACCCUGUCAUUAACAACAGGCUGUCCAAGUCCUCUGCCACGCUCUGGAACUCCCCCAACAGAACCCGCAGCCUGCGUCUGAGCCCGUGGGAGAGCCGGAUCGUGGAGCGGCUCAUGACGCCGACGCUGUCCUUCCUGGCCCGCAGCCGCAGCGCCGCCACCCUCCUCAACAACAGCGACUCUCCCUCCGCCAGCCCGCUGAACGCCUGCUCCCAUCACCACCCGCACCAGAACGCCGAGCGCUGGAGAGUCUCCUCCGCCAGCACGCCGGACAUCACCCAGCGCCAACGCCGGCGGAACUCCACACCGGUGGACAAAAAGAAGAAAGAGAAGAAAGACAAGGAGAGGGAGAAUGAAAAGGAGAAGAACGCUCUCACAAAAGACAAAGUGCAGAAGAAGAGACAGACGCCGUCUCCCACUACCACGACCCAGAGAUCCAGGCCAGAGACCAGCACCCCGAAGCCCAAAAACAGACCUCCGUCACCCGCCGCCCCCAAGAGUCGGCCCCUGUCCCCGCUGGUCCCUGCCGUUGGAUCGGCCUCAAAGACCCCGACAGGCAAGAAGACGCCUCCUGGCACCAAGACUCGCCCCAAACGAGCCCAGACGCCCGCCAGGGUGCAGCCGCAGACGGUCACUGCGGUCACUGUGGAAGCGGGCCACGAGCCCCAGCAGCCCGACACCGCCGAGGAGAAAAAGAACUCCGGUAAUGUUCCUGCCAUCGUGGUGUCCUCCGUCACGCCUCCUUCUCUCAGCCCGGCGGUCGCAUCAGCGGCCUCUCCAGACGUAGAGCCGGCAGCUGCUGCUUCUCCUGCUGCAGCCUCCACCACUAAUCCUGCUCCUUCUGCUGCACCUGCGGCCGCAGCAGCACCCGCCGCCGCUGCACCGGCUGCUCCGACCAGCAGGCCGUCCGCCGGCACCAACGACCCGGAGGAGGCGGCUCGAGUCCUGGCAGAGAAACGCAGACAAGCCAGAGAGCAGCGUGAGAGAGAGGAGCAGGAGCGUGUGGAGCAGGAGAACAGGAACAAGAUCCUACGGGAGGAGGCGAUGGCCCGGGAGGCCGAGGAGAGGAAGCGCCGAGAGGAGGAGGCUCGCUUCAUGGCCGAGCAGCAGCGUCUGAUGGACGAAGCUCAGCGAGCUCAGGAGGAGAAGGAGGCGCAGGAGAGAGCCAGAGCCGAGCAGGAGGAGAACGAGAGGCUGCAGAGACAGAGGGAGGAGGCUGAAGCCAAAGCCCGCGAGGAGGCCGAGCGUCAGCGUCUGGAGAGAGAGAAACACUUCCAGAAAGAAGAGCAGGAGCGACUUGAGAGGAAGAAGCGCCUCGAGGAGAUCAUGAAGAGGACUCGGAAGAGUGACGCAGGAGAAAAGAAGGAAGUCAAAGCUUCUCCGCAGGUCAACGGCAAAGACUCACAGCUCAGUAAGACAGCUGGAACUCUGAGUCCAGACGCUCCGGUCUUCACCCCGUCACAAACCGUGUCCGCUCCCGUUGUUAACGGCGUCCAGCCCGCCACUCACCAGAACGGCGUCUCACCCAACGGAGAGGCGGCCGACUUCCAGGAGAUCAUCCAGCUGAAGUCCAGCGGGAACCCGGCGUUCGAGGGCAACGAGCCCUUCCUGAUGAAAACAGGCCCCAUGAAGCCUCAGCAUGUCGCAGAGGUCCUGUGAGUCCCCACACAUCUCCAUGGAGACGCGCCUUAUGUCUCUGCUUGAGCUAUGAGAUUCAUGCCACACCACAGCGGCUUAUAAAAAAAAAAAAGUAGUGUGCCAAACAAACUAUGAACUGCGCUGAAUUCACCUGUUACAGUAUCUGCCGCCGGAGGACAAAGAGGAGCUCUCUCUCUCAUCUGAAACAUACAAACAUGCAACAACAAAGUAUUCUCUGUCUUCACCGCGUGUCCUGGUGCAGCAUCUGUCCAGUUUUUUAAUGAAAAUGUCACACGCAGAUUUUACGGUGCACCUUAAAGAUGACUGACUGUGUAACAGAUUUUAGAAAAUACAGUAUAGGACCCUGGAAAUACAUAAUAUUUGACAAUGGUUGUUAUUAUUACCGUCGUUACGAUAUUGUUAUUGUUAUCUUAAGUUGAACAGUGUGUGUGUGUGUGUGUGUGUGUGUGUGCGCGUGUGUUUGUUGUUUUUGUCUUGAAUUACUGAGUUAUUUAACAUGCAGAGGGAUCGUUGGAAGGAGCAGCCACAGACAGUGUAUGUAAAUGUAUAAUGAGCCCGGCUGCCGAGGCCUCCUGUUACAGGGGAUCUGUGAAAUAAAGCUUUAUGAAAGGGA